AUGGCUCUCCGAAGAUUGGCCGCCGCGGCCGUCGCCGGAUUAAAGCCCCGUUCAAGCCCACCGCUCACAGCCAUGACCCGGCUCUUACAUCGCGAUCCUUCAUCCGGCGUCCGCCGUUUCGGCACUCCGGCGCUCGGCCGCAAUCUGGAGCAGAACAACAGCAACAACAACGCCGCCGCCGCCGCCGCCGAGGAAAAUUUUAUUCUACUGGUGCAGCCGAUUAAAAACAGAAAACACCACAAGAUAUCGAUGCUCUCAAUCGAAAACAAAUUGGUCAAAUCAGUUCAACCCAAUCGCCCCAACUUCUCUCGCCUGAAUAGCCGCGGCACACGCAAUGAAUUCCUUGCCAACUGCGACAAGUGGUUGGUGUUUGCCUCCGGCGGCUGGCGUACCAAAAUUCCGGCCGAGAUCAUGUGGGACCCCACCACCGACGAGGUCAGACACAUUCCUCAAUUCCCGAUGAAACCGCGGCUGCCCUCAUCUGGUGACUCUCCGUAUACCCUUUGGGGUGUUGGGUUCGAUUCUGACUCCGGUGACUAUAAGGUGGUCCGGGCUUCAAAUGAAAAACGGGCCGAGCUCCUAUCGCUCUCCACCGGCUUGUGGAGGGAAAUACGGUUCCCUCACAAUCCGGACAAAAUAGUUGUCGAUAACGUGCGUUCAGUUCACGUAAACGGUUUUUACUAUUGGUCCGUGCAUUCAAAGGACGAUAACCGUGAUGCUAUUCUUCAGUUCGAUUUCGGGUGCCAAGAGUUUUCGUCCGAUCUCAUUCACAUGCCGAAAGUCCCUAGUAAUCGGGCAGGGCCUAGAAAGCCCGUCCUUGUGAACUAUCACGGCUCAUGGAGAACCUGGCCAAACACUCGUGUCCUGAUCGGCUCACUCGAUCGCGUUAUCAUCAAACUUGACGACUUCACUCCCAUCACACCUUCCACCCACGACAUUGGCCCGUUCGGGACAGGCCCAUGUCCGUCGUAUGGUUGA